AUGAAGUGGUCGCCGCGGCCCUUCCAACGACCGGCGAUCCGGACACCCGAGGUGCCCUCGCUCCGGUACCCGGCGGCCCGCCUUCCAGCUUCACGUGCUGCACGGAGCUGCACGAGCUCGUGCGAGCGGCUUGCAACUUCGCGGGCACAGUGGGCGCUGGUGGCAGCUUUGAGUGCGAGGAAUGCGUCCCUUCCGAGCCGGGCCUUGCGACGAACGGCAUCCAGAGCUUCGCAAGAGGCCUCUGGCUGCCCUGUGCUCUUCCUAGAUCCUGUCAGGCCCAGCGUGUCCAGUCGCUUGGCGGAGCGGGAGCGGCCAGCGCGGCCGGUGGAGGUGUCCUUCCGAGGGGAUGAGACCGUGCCGGAGGCUCUCAACCGAGUGCAACCAGAGGUGGUGGUUGUGCGUUCCUCGAAGUUGAAGGAGGAACAGUUGGACGCGGCGAAGACGGGCUGUGAGCGUUUGCAACUGGUGAUGCGGGCUGGUGCUGGGGUGGACAACAUCGCAGUACCGAUCUUGACCCAGCGGGGCAUCCGAGUGGCGAAUGCCCAAGGCGCCAAUGCCGUGGCCGUGGCCGAGCUGACCAUGGCCCACUUGCUGAAUCUGGAUCGUCGACUCUCCGAUCAGGUGGAGUCCUUGCGCUGGGGCGAGUGGCGACGCCUCGACUUCGCGAAAGGCUGCAGGGGUCUCUAUGGUCAAACCCUGGCUGUGCUGGGCGCAGGGAACAUUGGUCGAGAAGUCAUCAGGAGAGCCUUGGCCUUCGGUAUGCGGGUACGUGCUUGGAGCCGUUCCCCUCCAAAGGACCCUUUGAAAGACGUCGAGUACUGCACCACGCCCGAGGAGGCUGCGGAUGGCGCUGAUGCGAUGACCAUCCACCUACCGCUCAGCAAAACGACGCGCCAUUUGGUUGGCCGCUCAUUACUGCAAAAACUGAAGCCAGGAGCAUUGCUGGUGAACAUGUCUCGUGGCGGCGUGGUGAAUGAAGCGGAGCUCCUGGAGGCCAUCGAGGUACAUGGCCUUCGAGCAGGUUUGGACGUCUAUGCGCACGAGCCGGGUGCUAACGAUCGGACCUUCCAGGACGAGGCGAUCAUGGCAUCCAGUGGAGUCUAUGGCACUCAUCAUACGGGCGCACGCACUGAGCAGGCUGCACAGGCCGUGGAAGAUGCCAUCCUUGAAGUGAUCUCCGCGUACUUGGAGGGGAGGCCGAUCCCUGGUCAGCUGGCACCAAUCUAG